AUGAUUUCCGACAAGUCGGAUAUGUAUAUGGCGGGACUCGGGUACAACAACUUGAAUGGCGAUUAUAAAAUUGUGGUAGCGGAAUCCUGUAAUUUGCAUAAUAAUUUAAUUGAAGUUCAAAUUUAUGACGUGAAGCUGGAUUUUUGUAAGACAAUAAAAUGUGACUUUCCGUACAAGUUCAUAUCACACACCACACCAGCCGUUACUCACGCGAAUGGAAUCCCACAUUGGCAUGUUAAAAGGGCGAACAACAACGGCCAUAGUGUGAUUUUAUCUUUUAAUUUGGUAGCGGAGAGAUUCGAAGAAAUUGCUCUUCCUGAAAAUAUAUUUGAUUUUAAAUUUAUAUCUGCUCUAGACGGGUGUCUUUGUAUAGGCUUACGAGACUCGCUUUCGGAUCCAUUCUAUGUGUGGAAGAUGGGAGAAUACGGAAGAAAGAAUUGUUGGAUUAAAUUAGAAAUUGUUUACCAUCGUAAAACUAGGAGUUGUUUGAUGCCACUUGGAUUUCUAGAGGAUCAGAUUGUAAUGAAUUUAGAUAGAGUAAGUUUAUGGUCCGAUCGAACUGGCUCUGGUUCGAUCGAACCAAUCUGUUUUGAUCGGACCAUUUCCAUCCUCUCUGGAUGCUCGAUUCACUUCGUUCCGGUUCUACCUUCGCUUGAUAUAAAAUAA